AAAAUGAUGCCAUCGAAACAAAAUAAACAAGUCAAAAUAAAUACCUUAUACUUAGAAAUUUUUGGAAUACAAAUUUAUUAGCAGUUUGAAUUAAACAAUUACCGCUCUUUUCUCUGCUUAAUUAAAAUAUGGGAAUGCUUCAAGGAAAGAAACGCCCUCUAAUGGGCUUUUCCAAAAGUGGCAUUGUCGAUUCAAAAAGUAAAACGUUUGAGGAGAGAUUGACCGAAGUCAUGGCUUUAUUUUAUAAACAAACUCAACUUAUACCCAUUGCAAAUCAACUUCCUAAAGCAGCCUUAAAGAACGAUGCAGAUCUUUCAGUAUACAAUACACCCACUAUCACAAAACAUGCUUCACAAGAUAUUCAGUUACUGUGGUCUUUAGCAAUAGCUAUCUUCCGUUCAAAAAAAACUGACUCUGUUCAACAAUGGCUUCGUGAUCUUGUUCAACCUGGUAUGCAGUACCAAUUAGAACGUUAUCUUAAAGCGUAUGAUGAUCCUUUUGUGGCAGCUUUUAUUUAUUUAACAUUUGGACAACGCAAGAUGGCUUCGGACGAGGCACGAAAGUUAAAAGAUACUUCAUUAAGCAUAUAUAUUAUUCAUUCAGAAUUUAAGUCCAUGAGUGGUAUCAUACUGAACCAGAUCGAAAUGUUUAAAUCGGAAGGUCAAUGGCAACAAAUGUCAGUCUUCCAUAGAAAAUGUUGGCUUUUGGUAGCUGGUCGAUUAGGUUAUGAAUACGAUGAUAAAUUUGCAGUAACAGAAGGCAUCUAUUGGCAGUGUGUUUUAGGAAUGUAUGUUUGGUUUGGAAAGAGACAUGACGACAAUAAGCUUACUCUAGAAUUCUAUAAUCAAGUGUUUGAUAAACCAAAACGUGAUAAUCUGCAAUUAAAGACAGCUAAAUACACAGCUAAACCCGAUUAUGAUUGUUAUUGGUUUCAACUUUUACAGUGGUGGAUAGGAGAUCAUAAACUAGCCCAUUUUGAUGAAUGGCCACUUGAUUUCGUUUGGUUAUUAUCGAUGUAUACAAAGGAAAAUAAUAUAGAUUUAUCUUUUAGUUUGAAAUGGAUUGAUCAGCUAGAGCAUACCGAUUUGGUUGAUUGGGCUAUAUAUGCAUCCCUGUUCUUACCAAGCCCUACAGAAAAGCUAAAUUAUAUUUUACGUCAAUGUGAAUGGACGGAUGAAAGACGAUUAGUUGAAGAAUACCAUAUUCCCUAUAAGCAAAUUCAAAUAGCAAAGGCUUUAAAUGCACAUGACUCGUGGAAUUUUGAGUCAGAGUAUACAUAUUUAAUACAAGGUCAAUUAUAUAAUGAAGCUAAAAUGGCUUUAUUCUUUUUCCUUUUACCGAAAUUAUAUCGAGACAAUGAUAAAAACUCACUCCAACUUUGUUUAAAAUAUAUGGAUGAGUAUUCUCAAGCUGAUGAAGAGAUUGAAUUAUUAAAAGAUGUCUAUACAUAUCUUACUGUAGAAGGCUCAAAUAAUGAGCAAGGAAAGGAAUACAUCUCGAAAUUACAAAAUCUUCAAAAGAUGUAUGGAUCUAGAAGUAUGAAAGAUCUAUUAUCAAGUUUAAUACAUGAAAUUGAAUUAAAAUAAAAUUACAAUACUUUAUUUUUGUAUAU